AUGGAGAGCAAUGAUGAAACUAGCAUUGAGUCCUUAAGACGGCUGCUUAGGGAGUUCCUAGCGGAGCGAUCGCUGGCAUUUCGCGAAUUGGCCGAAUUGAGAGACAAGGGUUGGGCCAACAAGGAAGAAGGUGAUACCUACUUCAAACGCCAACGCGAACGUGCAGACCAAGCCAGCGACAGAGAUGCUUAUCGCCUUUUCAAGAUGAUGCAGGGAAUUGGCGAUGAACUCCAAGCUACUACCGGUGUUCUCACUCUGCAAAAGAAACCUCCUGAAGUGCUUGAUCUUUGCAUGGCUCCUGGCGGAUAUUCAGCUUCGGCACUGAAAUAUAGCCCCCGCGCUCACGUGUCCGGCGUAACUCUCCCUAAAGAAGAUGGCGGUCAUGCACUCUUAAUCAGGCGAGGAUCCAGAGACAAACGUGUUCAAGCUAUAGAACUUGACAUAACCAUGCUAUGGUCAGAGUUUUGUACCGAAGACAUCCCCGAAGACCAUCCAGAUCACUCCAAAUUCUUGCCCGGCCAACGCCCAUACCUAGACAAGUCUUUCGAUCUGGUCUUCUGCGACGGCCAGGUACUACGCACGCACGCACGAGCUACUUAUCGAGAGUCUAACGAAGCCCUUCGAUUGAUUUGCAGUCAAUUGAUCCUAGCCUUGCAGCGCAUUCGGCCCGGUGGCACCAUGAUCAUCCUCCUACACAAGGUAGAUGCUUGGGACUCCAUCAAAUUGCUCUUUCAGUUCAGCAAGUUUGCCGACAUCCAACUUUUCAAACCAAAGAAGAAACACGCCCAGCGAAGUUCCUUCUAUCUCAUUGCCACUAAUGUCAAUCCCAUUCACCCGACAGCAAUCUCUGCAGUCACGGGAUGGAAAAGUGAUUGGAGAGAAGCCACGUUCGCUUAUCAGGAAACACCAACGCCAGAAGGAAGACCAGUACCGAACAGCUCAGAAAUCUCACAGGUCUUGACAGAGUUUGGGUCAACCUUAAUCGAUCUAGGUGAACCCAUAUGGGCGACACAGCGGGAUGCUCUGAAAAAAGCUGAUUUCAUUCCGAAGGAGACAGCUAACUCGCAGCUACCGAUCUCACCAGCGGCCCUUCACUCUUGA